GGCAUGAGCCCUAUUACCCAUUAGUUUUAGAAAUUUAUAAUCGAACCUUUUUUUUCUUCAUACAACCAAGUCAAGUUCGAUUGAGUUCAUUAACCUCGUUCAUACGAAAUGCUAUUCUCGGAGCUUCAUUGGUACUACCACCCUUCAUCCACCGUUCAUAACUACCUACCGUGCCUACAUACCUCGUCCACCUAGAUUCAUAGCUGUAACCUACAAAUGAAAUACUCUAAUGUAGAUAGCCUCGCGCCACGCCAUACUUACUUAUACCACUAGUUUGGAGCCAAAACUCGUGCAUCUUGGCACUAGAUCACUCCGCGGGUACUUACAGUAGAGUAAACUACGAACCGCCCAAACUUUCUUCAAUCUUCUUUCUCACAAUUCAUCUUUAUAAGCAACAAUUCAUAUAUUGAUUGGAAUCGGUACGGCCUCCGUAUCCGCAGUUUGCCCCCUCAAGUCUUUAUUAUGCUCUGCUGUGCUGAAGAGUUUAAGUUAACUUCACAAGCAAGCUCGAACGACGUUUUCGAGUAGGCGGCUUUCAGAUCACCUAAUACCGAAAGCCAAAUCUACACUCAUCUGUAUUCUGUGAAACCUGAGCUUCUUAGAAAUUCUUCCGUCUUAUUUUUACCAUUUCAGUCGAGAUUUCAUGCGUUGAUAAAUUCAUGUGCAGCCAGCUUUCACGUUGACGGGAUUUGAUUCUGAAGCAGCGCACGUACCCCAAAGAACACGAUCUAUGGGUCACGAGGAAAUCCAGGGGAACAUCCGAUCUGUGUUAUAAUCUACUCUUGCAACUAUCUACAGAGUCUCCAAUCAUGUCCCAACCAAUCCACGGCUCGAAUGAACCAUUAGGGCCCGAAGUAGAUGGAAUGGACCAUUCUGACUCAAUGAAUGCAACCGGCAAGAAAGCCGGUGAAAAGAAACGAGUAUCCCGUGCUGGAACUCGCAGUGUAUCAACUUUAAGCCCUGCCCAGCUAGCAAGGAAAAGAGCCAAUGAUCGUGAAGCGCAGCGGAAUAUUAGAUUGAGAACCAAGGAGCAUAUUGAGAGGCUGGAGGCCCGUAUUGAAGAACUUACCUGCGGCCGUGAAUCUGGUGCAGAGCUCGAAGAGGCGCGGAAGCGCAAUGAGGCAUUAGAGCGAGAAGUGAGACAAUUGAGUGAAAGUCUAGCACAGUUGAGGGAUGAUGAUAGCUCGAGUCCGGAUCGAUCUUCUAUGUUGGAUCUUGGACAAACUGCAAUUAUGCCUGGCUCGUCAGCACGAGAUGUGCGUCCAGGAAUGGCCUCAACUAGGUCUGUUAGCUCCGGAGCAAAGUGGUACCAUCCAGUACCUUCGAGAAAUCCAGCUGGUACUAACAGGCAUUCAUUCAGCAUGUCAUUCGGACCUAUGGAUAUGGCAGCACCAAUAUCCGGGCCAGCUUCCACUAGUGCUUUGGAUGAGACUAACCGAUUUUCAUAUUUUGAUCCGAUUCCCGCUGUGAAUUUUAAUGAUGUAGGAAAUUGGGCUCCCAGAUCUGUUCCAUCAGGUGUCGUUCAAGAUUCUCGCCUAACUACCCCUCAGCCGCGGCCUUUGGUACCACAAAGUCUUACAUCUCCAGUGAGGCAAACAAUACCGCCAUCCUUGCAGCCAUUUCAAUCACUUCAACCCUGGGCUCUACCAAUACUCAACACAUCGACACCGACGUGUGGAGUUGACACCUAUCUAAUGAAUAUCAUAAAUGGACAAAAAGAACUUGCGAGUCAGGGAGCACCAGAAGCUCAAAUCAUUGGACCCUCUCAACCCAGCAUGAAGGCGCUUAUUUACCCCGACGACCCAAAUCAAACCCACGUGGUCUCUACCAUCAUUUCGAAUCUCCUUACAAACCUUGCCGUCAAAGGUCUCGCCGAACGUGCAGGCUGCCUCUAUCUAAUGUAUCACAUUUGCCAAUGGCAAAUCUAUCCCUCAUCGUCGACGUACGGAAAUUUGACAGAUUGGACUUCACCUCGAACGUCCCAGCUCAUCACACCUCAUCCCUUGUGGGCAGAUUCCAUAUUCUGGGGAAAACUUAAAGACAGGGUCAUUGAAAAGCAAGAUGUUUAUGCCAACGAAGAUUUUCAGAAUGCAUAUAUACUUUGCAUCAAUGCGAAUUGGCCACGUCCGGAUCUGGAGGCAUUCAGGUUCGAAGGCGACGACAUAUUUAUUACAGAAGAGUUUGAGAAUCACAUCAAAACUCUGUCAAAUUGGAGCUUGGACGAGAGAUUUGCUGCUAGAUAUCCCGAACUAGCACCCUUGGUGAAAAUAUCUGGAAUGGGAGAAAUUGGAUUGCAAGGACCCUACGUAUUUUAAUGAAAAUAAUUUACGGAGCAUAGGCGUUAUUAGACUACAAAUGGGUUCAUGGAGGCAUGCAAAUACCAAGGACAUUUGUGGUGGGAAAUAUGGAAAUGGUUGAGAUUGAAACUGGCUCCUGUACAACUGAAGAAACGAAAUUAUGACUUGAAACCUCGUUCGUUCCACUGCAGCCAGCAGCCUUAGCAUCAAAGUGGCCAAAUGAAACGUCAGCCACCACUUCGAGUAUAAUAAACUUUAUCAUAUAUAUUGGAUCGAGAUUGUGGUAAACUUUAAAACCACUGCGUAGCUAUUUCAAAGAAAAUACAUAUGAAUAGGUACAUCUAAAGGCGGAGAUGUAAUGAUGAGUAUAUUUACGAGAUUACUAAUCUUCGUAACCGGCCAUGCAGAUGCAGAUCUUAUUCCGGCUCACCCUAACGAACUCUAUUAUACAUCCCGUUAUGCCAUCCGCGAUGGCAAAAAUAGAGGAAGAUCUGUACAACAAACUAAGUUGGUACAAUAUGCGCAUACGUUUAUAAACGUAUCUAUAUUAUGUGUAUGAUUGAUAGGCUUCGGUUGAAAGGAAGAACUGAGCCAUUAAGUUGCCUACUCAAAUGAAAUUGUUCGUCAAAAACA